AUGAAACUGUAGAGGGAAAAGUGCGAAAUGGUUGUCUAUCUUAAACUUUAAGGAAAUGCCUUUCAUAAAAUGCAUUUACAACAUUGACACAGAAUAUCUCAAAUGAUUGGCCCACGAAAAUAAUCCCCGAAAAACGCUAAAAACAAAUAUGAAAAUUUUGGUAAAUGCCACUGGCGAAAAACUCCGAUAACAAAGCCGCGUGAAAAGCGUCGAGUGAAAGCUGUAAAGCAAACAAUCCCCGCGGCGGUCUAAAAAAACUAGAGCGACAGCGGGGCAGCUAAAAGCGAGGCGCCAGAUCCGGGAGGAUGCACUUUGGCCAGGAGACGAGGCCAUCCUUGGGGCUCCUGGCUGUGGCUGAGUCGACCGCAACGGCAAGUUGAUGUUGCCCCCGUCCUGGCGUCUAAUUGGGGCCCUCCUCGUGCUCGCGGCAACAGCGGGGGACUCCACCAACAAGAUCAUCCUGCCGCAGAUACUCAACGGCGGUAGCGGAGGCGGAGGCGUCGGCAUUGCCGGGGGCAAGCAUCCGUCCGGCUCCAAGACAGUGGCGGUGGGCUUUGGUGGACCAGGAGUGGGAACGGGAGCAGGAGCAGGCGGAGGAGCUGUGGUUGGCAGCGGCACCGCUAACACGGUGGUCGGGAGCAAUGGCCUGAUUGUUGCCGGCGGCGUGGCCAAUGUGCCGACCUCGAAUUUAAACACUGUUGUCGAAGAACCCGAAUUUACCGAAUACAUCGAAAAUGUAACUGUACCUGCUGGACGUAACGUUAAACUGGGAUGUUCCGUUAAAAAUCUGGGGUCUUAUAAGGUCGCCUGGAUGCACUUCGAGCAAUCCGCCAUUCUGACCGUUCACAAUCACGUGAUCACGCGCAAUCCACGCAUUAGUGUCACGCACGACAAGCACGACCGCCACCGCACCUGGUAUCUGCACAUAAACAACGUGCACGAGGAGGACAGGGGUCGGUACAUGUGCCAGAUCAACACGGUGACGGCCAAAACGCAGUUCGGCUACCUGAACGUAGUGGUUCCCCCCAACAUCGACGACUCGCUGAGCUCCAGCGAUGUGAUUGUGCGGGAGGGCGCCAACAUAUCGCUGAGGUGUCGGGCCAGCGGCAGUCCCCGCCCCAUCAUCAAAUGGAAGCGGGACGACAACUCCCGCAUAGCCAUCAAUAAGAAUCACAUAGUGAACGAGUGGGAGGGCGAUACGCUGGAGAUCACCCGCAUCUCGCGCCUGGACAUGGGCGCCUAUCUUUGCAUCGCCUCCAACGGGGUGCCCCCCACGGUUUCCAAGCGCAUCAAAGUCAGCGUGGACUUUCCUCCAAUGCUGCUGAUACCCCAUCAAUUGGUUGGCGCUCCAGAAGGUUUCAACGUUACCAUCGAAUGCUUCACUGAGGCACAUCCCACAUCCCUCAACUAUUGGACACGUGGCGAGGGACCAAUUAUUCACGAUUCGCACAAGUACAAAGUUGAAGCAAGCAUUGGUCUUCCGGCAUAUAAGACCCAUAUGAAGUUGACCAUCAUCAAUGUGGGUAGUGGCGAUGAUGGCAUCUACAAAUGUGUGGCCAAGAAUCCCAGAGGCGAGACGGAUGGCAUUAUUCGGCUAUAUGUGUCCUAUCCGCCAACCACUGCCUCAUCGGGCCUCUACUCCACAGACUCGCAUUGGGGAGAGAAUGGGAUCAACAACAACUAUGCGUACGGCGGCUCCGACUCCACGCGGUCCAUCUAUGGACAGGAUAAAAAUACGCGAUAUCAGUCGAACUUGAACGAAAUCGGUUUAUCUGAACAAAAAUCCUUCCUAGAUAAGACGCAGAACCCGUUGCUGGCCACCGGCAAUGCCAACGAGGCGGAUGCGGAAUCCAGCGGGGGCCACAAUCCCUCCGUGGACAUUGCGUGGCUGCUGCUCCUCGUCAUCAUCCCGUCACUAUUGUUAACAGUCCGAACUGCUGUUGGUUCUAGCCCUAGAGUAAGUCUGUGUUAGUUAAAGCGAAUCUAGCCUAGAGUUUACACACUUUACCUAUGUACGGAACUAUGUGUAAGGCUUCUACGGAAAUAUAUACAAGUACUCGAUUAGUCCCUAGUGAAACAGACCCUGAUUACGAUCCGCCCUUCCCCCAUAUAUAUAACGCGAACGUAUAUAUGAGACACCAGGCCCCCUAGAGCUUGGCCAGCAUAUGUAUAUCCAUCAAUCACGACCCUUACCGGGAAUCUAUAUACACUCAUAACCACAGCUAUGUAUAGGAGUUAAGACAAACCAACCAAAGGGUAAAUGCAAUUUCGUUUUGCUUUCAAUGCUGUGCUUCAAAACUGAGAAAGUUUCAUAGUUAUCACAUAGUAAACGACACGAUCUAAGUAUAUAUAAAUACAUACACAUCUAUAUAAUCGUGCGUCAAACGCUGCUGACACCCACACUCAUGCAUAUAAGAUAGCGAACACCCAAAUUAAAUAUUUAUUCGGAUAGACGCCUUAAGGAUUGCAAGUUAAAUGCAAAGUAAAAUAGGUAACUAAGCCCGCACACAUAUCGAGUACUUAGAAUACGAAAUUACCUUUACCGUUUUUAUUUUUUGUAGAUAUAGGCCAGUUGACUUAAAGCUGCAAAUUUUGGAUUCAGUUUAAAGUUACAAUUCAAGUGAACGAAAGCUUUGGCAGAAGAGAUUCCAAAAUGGUCAGACGAAGGUAAUUUAAAGGAGGGUUACUUAGCAUUAAACAAUUCUAAAAAUACUUAUAUAUAAUAAACAACAAAUGCCAAAUGAUUAAAAAGCCUUUGAUUAGUUUGCAAAUUCUAAACUGAAUAAAAAGUGCAAUACUUCCACUUCAAUUUAGUUUUGUUCAUCAAAUACUCUUACCAAAGCUCAUGAGAUCCAAUCUUCAUACGGUCAUCUUCAACAAACAAUUUAAUUACCAUGUACUAAAGGCUUACAAUUGAUGUAAAGAUAAAACAGAAUGUUAAACAUUAAGCUAAAAUAAUAAAAACGAUAAUUGUGUUGCUUUAACUGCGUAAAAAUUACACACAAAGAAAAAUGUUGAAUUGUGAGAACUAUAUUUGAAUUAAAAGCAGAGCUAUGGACACCAUUGAA